AUGAAGAGACAACGGCUUCAACCGGAAGACUAUAAUUUCGGGUGGAUUUGCGCUCUUCCUGUCGAGCUCGAGGCUGCAACGAAAAUGCUCGAUGAAGCGCAUAAUGACAUUCCUCAAGAUGCGAAUCACUCAAACCUGUACACCCUUGGCCGGAUUAGCGGGCACAACAUUGUCAUAGUCUGUUUGCCAGCUGGACAGAUAGGCACCAACUCCGCUGCAAUAGUCGCCAGCCACAUGAUGUCCAAGUUCCCUUCAAUACACUAUAUUCUAAUGGUGGGUAUUGGAGGGGGUGUCCCUAGCGUCGAGGCUGAUAUACGACUGGGGCAUGUAGUGGUCAGCCAGCCACACCUCGGCCGUAGCGGUGUCGUCCAGUAUGACCUCGGGAAGAGUACACCCAGUGGAUUCGUACGAACUGGUUUCCUAAACGCACCGCCAGCCAUUUUGUUAAGCGCGCUUUCAACUCUGCAAGCUGACUCUUCUGCCUGUCAACGAAGGCUCUCACAAAAGCUUUCUGAGUUCAGUCAUGGCUGUCAGAAUAUAGGACUUGACCUCUUGUUCGAGUCUACCUAUCAGCAUAUUGAAGGGUCAACUUGCGACAAGUGUAGCAACAGUCGACUAGUCUCCCGAGCGCCACGGGCUCAUCAGGGACCCGUGGUUCAUCAUGGGACCAUUGCAUCCGGAAAUCAGGUCAUCAGAGAUGGCACCACAAGAGACAAACUUAGCUCAGAACUAGGCGGCGUGUUGUGUUUUGAGAUGGAAGCGGCAGGACUGAUGAAUAACGUUCCAUGUCUUGUUAUCCUAGGUAUAUGUGACUAUGCCGAUUCACAUAAGAACAAAAAGUGGCAUUCUCAUGCGGCGGCAACUGCAGCUGUCUAUGCUAGGGAACUUCUGUCAAUCAUCCCUACAUUUUCUGAGCCGUCCUUCAAAGGCAGGCAAGCACCUGCCUUGCUUAAACUUCUACCAACAGCGGCUGAAGCAGCCUUCAACUCCUACAGCAAACAACACGAUCUUCUUUGUCUCCCCAACACUCGAGUCGACGUACUUAAUGAAAUUUAUGCAUGGACUGAAGGUGAAGGGCAUCAGUGCGUGUUCUGGUUGAACGGUAUGGCAGGCACAGGCAAAUCUACGAUUGCUCGUACGGUUGCAAGAAGAUUCAGCGAGCUCGGCAGACUAGCGGGUAGCUUCUUCUUUUCCAGAGGUGGCAAAGAUGUCCAUGACGCUAGACUGCUCUUUACAACUAUCGCGAGACAUUUAGCGGACCUCUCGCCCAUCCUGGGUCGGUAUAUCUCCGAAGCGAUCGCUGCUCGAGAAGAGAUCGCCUCCCAGACCUUCGGCGAUCAGUGGACACAACUGAUCGUAGGACCGCUCUCGAAGCUCAGCGGCAGGAUGGUCCAGCAAUCACUUAUCAUUGUUCUUGAUGCGUUAGAUGAAUGCGAAGGAAAUGACGACAUCAGGCUAUUGAUUCGGCUCUUAUCCGAGACGAACAGCACGAGCGCUGUUCGGUUAAGAGUGUUGGUGACUAGCAGACCGGAAUCAGCUAUACGCCACGGAUUUCGCUCCAUGCCAGAGAGUCUGCACCACGACCUUAUUCUUGACGCUAUUUCUCAAGAAGUCGUUGACCAUGACAUAGCGGCAUUCCUUGAGGUCAAAUUCAACGAAAUGAGAGAAUCUUUUGCGUAUCUCCCCAUAGACUGGCCGGGAACUGAGACGAUAGAUUCCCUGGUCCGGAACGCUGGCGGCUUAUUCAUCUACGCAGCGACCGUGUGUCGUUUUAUUCUCACGAAUAAGAAGUGGUCACCUCAGAGAUUGUUGAACCUAUUUACUGCACAGCACACACCAAGUCUCUCAAAAGGCAAUUCUCGUAAGCUCCCAUCACUAUCGCCGACUGCGGAGCUCGACAUGAUGUAUUUGCAGAUUUUGAAGCACUCCAUGCAAGGCAUUGAAGAUUAUGACGACCGAGCGGAACUCGCGGACGAGUUUAAGCAAGUGGUUGGCGCUAUUGCGAUCCUCCCAGAACCACUCUCUCCUACAGCACUAGGAAGACUCCUAGAUGUCGACCAGGAGACAAUUCACAUACUAAUAGAGGGCUUGCGCUCGGUCGUCAGCGUGCCCGAUGACCCGAUUUUACCACUCCGUUUGUUGCAUUCCUCCUUCCGAGAUUUCCUGAUUGAUGAAAACAGGUGUAAUGACCCACUAUUCUGCUUAGACGAGAAAGAAGCGCACCGUACUCUGACUGAGUCUUGUUUGCAACGACUUGAGUCUCCGACAGGCCUCAAGAAAGAUAUCUGCAGCUUAAAACAGCAUGACUCACUCGCAGCAGACCUUGACAAAUCUACUGUAUUGCAAAGUCUUCCAUCUCACAUACAGUAUGCAUGCCUAUAUUGGGCCCAUCACCUUAAGAACAUUGGGCAAGAUCUUUCUGAGGGCGGUCAUCCGCAUUUGUUCCUACAGCACCACUUCCUUCAUUGGCUCGAGGCACUAAGCGUGAUUGGAAAACUUGUGAACGGAGUGCAUGCAAUCGACUUGCUUGAAUCCAUGGUCGACGACGGUAGCAGCCCUCAUCUCUACUCCUUCAUCCGUGACGCUAGGCGAUUCCUACUAUACAACAGGUCAACCAUUGAGAAAGCGCCCCUCCAGGCUUAUUGCUCUGCCCUCAUAUUCGCGCCGCAAAAAAGCCUAGUUCGCAAACAUUUUGUGAGCGAGAUACCUCGUUGGAUUAGGCGGAUGCCAGAAGUUGAACAAGAGUGGAGUUCAUUGCUUCAGACUCUCGAGGGGCAUUCUGGCCGAAUUCGUACUAUUGUGUUCUCAUCGGACGGCCAACUUCUCGCUUCUGCUGGCUAUGACCGGAAGGUUGUUAUUUGGGAUACGAAAACCGGAGCUUUCUGCAGCAGGCUCGAGGGCCACUCGGAUUGUAUUCUUACUGCUGUCUUUUCUCCUGAUGGAAAAUCGCUUGCCACCGGCUCAGCGGACAGGACUAGCAGAAUCUGGGAUGUUGGAACAAGGAAACCACUUGUUGUUCUUAACGGCCAUACUGCCUCAAUUUACAGUGUGGAUUUCUCGCCGAGUGGUUUACUCUUGGCGUCUGCAUCAGGCGACACAACAAUCAGACUGUGGGGUACAAAAACCUGGCAGAUACGAGCUAUACUCAGUGGUCAUGAAGAAUCAGUUCGAACGCUGAAGUUUUCGCCCAAUGGCGAACUAAUUGCAUCUGCAGCAAAAGAUGGGGUUAUCAGAAUCUGGGAUCCACAGAACGGGCAGUGUGUUCACAGUUUUCGAGCUCAACUGGAAAUCACGCCCUCACUUGCUUUCUCACUAGAUAGUCAAGUGCUAUUUUCCGCCUACCCUUAUGAGAUCAUGCAGUGGGAAGUGAAGAGAUGGACUUGCUUGCGUAGUGUCGAAACUUCUGGGAAGCACUUGGGAUUUACACUAGAUGGAAGGUAUGCUGCCUCCUACACGGAAAGUAGCAAGAUUUGUAUCCAUGAUGUGUUAACAGGGAUAAGAUGUGGCGCCUACGAAAUUCACCGGGCCGAUAUAUCCAUCAUAGCAUUCUCACCAGUCCAGAAGCUUCUAGCAUCGGCCUCGUAUGGCGCGAGCAUUGAGCUUUGGGACACAACGGUUGAGGGAUGCCUCGAAACACAUAGGAGCCAUUCGGCGCGAGUUGAGGCAGUUUCCUUUUCUCCAAACGGCAAGAAAUUCGCCUCGGUAUCGUUCGAUGCGACUGCCAAGAUAUGGGACAUGAGUACCGGGGAAUGCCAACGCACGCUCGCAGGCCAUUCAUCUGUGGGCGGCUUGGUAUUUUUCUCUCCGGAUGGCCACUUAUUCGUGACUGAUUUACGGGACAAUGUUAAGAUUUGGAAUCCCGAAAACAGAGAAUGUCACGCCACUGUUAAGCCAAAUUUUAGCGCUACGGUGAUCGUUUGCUCAACAGAUGGCCUGCUCCUUGCAUGCUCAUCAAAGAGUCAGAAUGUGAAUAUCUGGGAUUUAGGCAGCAGUACUCUACUCAGUACUUUGGAAGGCCACUUGGAUAUUGUUUAUUCACUAGCAUUUUCUCCUGACGGCCAUACCCUCGCCUCGGGUUCUUACAACAAGACCAUCAUAUGGGAUGCACAUUUGGGGACCUCACGCAUCAUUCUUGCCGGUAGGGGAGGCUACGUAUAUUGUCUCGCAUUCUCGACCGACAGCAAAUUUCUUGCCUCAAGUAGCGAAUAUGGAGUCACAUUAUGGAACAUACACACUUCAGAACAGAUCCUGACUCUUGAAGUUAGAAAUAUCGAUCAAAUCUCCUUUUUCCGUGGCGGACUCUAUAUACUGAAAGAAGACAAAAUUCUUGCGCUCAAAUACGCUUGCCACUUGCCUGUUGAGAAAGAAGAAGAAGAAGAAGAAGAAGAAGAAGAAGAACACGACGACGACGAAGACUCACUACAGUCCCGAGCAACAAACCGCUGGAAGAACGCGAAGCUGUUUACUGUUUUGGAAUUUCCUUCAGAAUACCGGGGGAGAUAUGCUGUUAAUGGCAAUGUAAUUGGUAUGGGUCUUGAGUCCGGUCGAGUCACCUUUAUGGAAGUUGACCUGGAUAACGUGCCACUAGGUGCAGCCACCCUAGGUAUAGAUUAG